AUGCAACCAAUUGGGAUCCUUGCAUACUUAUUUCAUCCUUUGUCAGUACUACAUUAAAGGCUUCUUGAGUUUUAGGAACUGAUGGAGCUUGAGGAUGGUUACCCACUGGAACAUGCUAGAAUUUUGGAUAAUGCACAGAAUUUAUUGCUGCUGCUAAUGAUGAAUAUGUCUCUUAUGGAUCAAAAUGUAUGGCUGAUGGAACAGCAUGUAUUGCUAAAUCAACUUGUGGUAGCUACAAGACAUAAACAGCAUGUAGUAACAAUUGAAAAGAUGGUAUUUGUUAUUGGAAUGCCACAGCUUAUACUUGAAAUUGAAGGAUUGCAGUGAUGAGCAAAAGGGCAACUUAUAUUUGUCACAAGAGUAUCAUGCACAACUGAUGGAACCAAAUAUAUUCCAUUAUCACCAUUAAAAGCUAGUCUUAUAAGCUGUGAGGAACUUAUUUUUACCACAAUAUACACCUUAAUUAAAUCCAAUCGAAAAGAACUGGCAAAGUUUAAAAAAUUCAUUCACAAGGAAGGUUUAUUGGGGAUGUCAAAACAGGAUAAUAAAAAGCCAGAUUAGAUGGUCAUACUAGCAAUGUCUAAUCAGUCUGUUUCUUUCCUAAUGGAAAUAAAUUAGCAUCUGGGUGUAGUGA